GGGAAAGAGGACACUGUCUAUAACAUCUGAUUUGUCACAUGCAGAGAAAGUAUGGGGCGGUGUCUACGAAAACAUGGCGGCGGCCAUGUUGGCCAAUCAGAUCCCUGAAAUAUCAGCCGGUGGUCCGAUGACAGCAGAGGAUAAACCUUUUCCAGCUGGGACCAUGUGGACCAUGUAGAGCAGGAAGUACAGACGCUACACCAGGCUGGUUCUCUUAGAGCCGGUUUUAUUCUCCUUUAACUGAGCAUUAAGAGCUCUGCCAUCUCUUACGAAGGAAUGGAUCUUAAGUCGCUUUUACAGUGGAGCCUUUUUCUGGAUUUGUCUGCGGUUUUCCUCUCGGUGUUUGGAGACGGUCAGAUCAACAUCGCAGCAGAACCUGGACAGAACAUCACUCUGCCAUGCGGAGCUCCUGACAAUAAGGCCAUCAUAGUUGUGGAGUGGAGCAGAACUGAUCUGGAGUCAGAAUAUGUUCUUCGCUACAGAGACGAGCAGUUUGACCCAGAAAACCAGCAUCUAUCUUUUAGGAACCGGGUGGAUCUGCAGGACCGGCAGAUGAAGGAUGGAGACGUGUCUUUGGUUCUGAAGAACGUGACGAUGGAUGACAGAGGAACAUACGAGUGUCGGGUCGUUCAGAGAGGAACUAACCGCAGGAAGAGAGCUGCUUUAAAGACCCGACCCAUCAGCAGCAUUGUUCUGGAUGUGGUUCCAUCAGGACAUAAGGAUGGAAGCAGCGAGGAUGGAGGGAACAAGGUUGGACCUGUUGGACCUGCAGUCGGUCUCUCAGUUGGCAUCAUUGUUGCUGCUGCUGUUGGUUUUGUGAUUUAUAAGAAACGAAGACGUUUGAGGGAGAACGAGCAAGCAGCUGCAGAACUGGAGCUCCAGUCUGCUCUGCAGAGUCCAGAUCCUGGUGCUGUUUCUUAGAGACAACUAAACACAUCAAGCAAGUGUCCAUGAUGAAGUACACUGUACUGCCAAAAGUAUUUGUCUGUCUACUUCUACGAUGUCAGAGUUAGACACACUGAUAAACUCAGAGAAGGUAUGAAUGAAGACACAAGUGAGUCAAAGUUAUCUUUGGCUGCCAGGUAGAAACAGUUCAUUCUCUUAGAGGAGCUGCUCUGUGUCACAACCUUUCAUUAAAGGAAGGAUAAACACUCAUGUUACAUCAUCGUGGGUCUGGCUACACACAGUUUCACAAAUACACGUCCUACUGAAUAAAACUGGUUCUGUCCAGAUACUGAUCAGCCCACAUGUCCACAUCUGGCAUCCAAGGACACGGAGAUUAGCUGGGUUCAAACAGACUGCUUCCAGAACUCCUCCAAACACAAGUUCCUGCUCAGUCUGCAUAGCAACCACCCAAAUGCAACUUUAAGACAAGAUGACAAUUCUGUUAAUAGUUCAUAAAAGUUCUUCAAAGAUAAAUGUGAAAAGUAUUCAAUCAAAGUUCACCAAACUAAAUAAAUGAAAAUGUCUUUUAAAGGUAAAUCAUUCAGGAUAAAGAACCUUUUUAAAUGAAGUAAUGAUAAUUUAUGUACAAAUCUUCCAACAAACACAUGAACUUUGAUCACAUCCUAUCCUUAGUCUAUCAGGUCCAGUUUGUUGAUGGACCCACCGUUGUCAGCAACUUUAACUAUUCUGUAAACAUCUUCCAAGGUUUAGGAGUGUGUUCAUAGUUGGAUCAGAACCAGAACUGCAGCCUCAUCAUCCCAAAGGUGUUCAAGAAGGUUGAGGUCAGGACUCUGCAGGUCAGUCAAGGUUCUCCUCACCAAACUUUAUACACCUGCAGCCUUGGAUGUGCCUGGGACACCAGAACCCAUUGAUCUGGUGCUGUGACCCAAUACUUCUAGCCAUAUAAUGUUGUCUCCAAGUCGGGAAAAACAUGGAGUAAUGAAUGAAUGUAGUAAUUAUUCAUACCAACAGAUUUAUUCCUAACUACAGCCAAAUGGAUCAGCUGAUGGGUGAAGGAAUGUUUUACAGGACCAGAACCAUUAGAACAUUCUGAAGUGUUGUAGAAUAUGAAGCAGAACCAAAGAAGUGUAGAUGUUCCUGUGAUUUGAAUCCUGUAAACCCAGCGGUCCUGUGUGAUAACAGUAUGGGUCCAGUAUGCUGCUGGCGGGCCUGGACAUGUCCAUCUGUGGUUCUUACCUUACAGCUUUACAACUAACAAUCAUAGGAGGCCUUUGGAGGAGAUAAAUGAAACAUUGUCCCCAGUAGGUCCUAUAGGUCCCUAUAGGACCACCAGAUACCACCUGACUGGGCUUAUUAUUUGUUCAGAGGCAUUAUCGGUUUGGUACCGUCCAGUUCCUCCCACCCAGAACCAUGGGGUCAGAAUCACUCUGCUUGUUUUACAUUAAAUGACCACUUGGUGGCACCGUAGAGCCACUUCAGCACCAUGAAGCUUUAACUCCUAAAUGAACCAGUUGGAUGAAAAACCUUGAUGCUUCAUAAAGCUUCAUCUGACUGUCGCUGCUUGUUUGCAAUAAACUGAUUAAAAGCUCCUGAUUGAUGGUAAAUAAACCUCAAACAGAUAAAUGUA